UGAAUGGUUUUGACUCCUGUUGUUUUGCUGGGUGGAUCACCCCCUCCCCUCUCUUCAUCCUCCUCCUCCUUGCUCCCAACCAAGGAGGGAGGGAGGGGCAGCGGAACUGCCAGUGCUUCCUGCAGGAAUUUGAAAGAUGUGGUCUGUUGCUCUCCAUUUCUGGUUUUGAUGAUUUUUGUCAGAAAAGGAGUGGCACUUAGAGAGAGAUAGUGAGAGAGAGAGAGAGGGAGGGAGGGAGGGAGGCUGAGAGGGAAAAUGAGGUAGAGAGGAAUUGUACAUUGACUUAGCAAACAGCAAAAUUGAGACGGAGAGAGAAAGAACUGCUUUGGAAAAUACUCUACCACUUAGUCUUAUCAGUAGAGCACCAUUCGAAGAAACAAAACAGACCCGAGUAAGUGAGAGAGUAGAGACAGGAGAACUGUGGUGGGACCCAUGGCCGGAUUGAACACUGAUGCUUCACCAGCUCAGAGUGAGGCCUCAUUGGCCAGCUCUGGAUCCAUCCCUGUCCCCUUCUCCCUACCCUGCGGUCACGCCCUUGCCAUGUCCCAUCCAGAGGGGGCACUUGUGGAUGUGGAGAUACGAGAGGGGGGAGCCCGCUGCCAGCAUUGUCGCCGUGACGACUCGGGGCCCAAGUCUGAGCAGGGGGGGAGAGCCUGCCCUCACAGCACGGCAGAGAGGGACAGAAACCAGGGGCCCCCUGGGAUAAGGGGCCCGGAAGAGGAGCAGAAAACUCCGGAUCAGCAGGAGAAGCCAGGCCAGCCCGAGGAGGAGAGGCCCCAGGAAUCUGGGCCCCUGGGCCCCGAGGAGCUGAAGGAGGAGGCCCCAGGGCCCGAGGACGUUGCGUGCGACGCUUGCCUGGAGAGCACCCCCCACAAGGCCGUCAAGUCCUGCCUCACCUGCCUGGUGUCCUACUGCCAGACUCACCUGAGGCCUCACCUGGAGAACAGAAAGUUCCAGAACCACCGGCUGGUGGAGCCAGUGCGGGACAUCGAGUGCCGCACCUGCGAGGGCCACAGCCGGCCCCUGGAGCUGUACUGCCCUGCUGAUGCCUGCUGUGUCUGCCAGGGGUGCGUGGAGGAGGGGCACCGGGGUCACAGUCUGAUACCCCUCACUGAGGCCCGCAGGGAGAUAGAGAAAGAGUUACAGCAGAAGGAAGAGGAAAUGAUGAAGAUGGUGACUGCUGCUGAGAAGGCCAUCAGCAAACUACAGACCAACACCAUCUCCAUCAAGGGCUCGGUGCUGGAGGUGCGUGCGGUGAUGGAGCAGCAGUUCGCGGUGCUGCGGGCCGCGGUGGAGGGGGCGCAGCGCGAGGUGACGGAGGUCCUGGAGGCCGAGGAGAAGCGGGCGGUGCAGCGGGCGGACGGCGUCCGGGCGCACCUGGAGCAGAAGCUGGCCGAGGUGCGGCGGGCCCAGACCGGGGCGGAGAAGCUCUUCAGGAACAAGAACGACAUCGACUUCCUGCAGGUAUACUCUCAGUGGAGGAAGGAGGCAGUGGACGUCAGCCUGCCCGGGGUGUACAUUGGCCUGAUAGAUCGUCUCACUGCCUUCAGCCAUAUGGUCACUGAGUCCACCCAGGAGCUGUGUGGCCAACUGCUGCCUGCUUACAGGGACAAGCUGAAGGAUGCCUUCAAGGGUGAGAAACUGGGUGUGAAAAACAGAGUCGGCGUCGUCAGCCCGGGCCCAAAUGAGGAGCCAGAGCCAGAGACUCGAGAAGACUUCCUUAAAUACGCCGCCCCGCUGAGCUUCGACGCGGACACCGCGCACAGCUUCCUGCGGCUGACGGAGGGGAACAGGAAGGCCGCCAACACCGCGCCCUGGCAGCACGACUACCCCGACGGGCCGGGGCGCUUCGCGCACUGGCGCCAGGUCAUGGCCGCCGAGAGCUUCUGCCUGGGCCGCCACUACUUCGAGGUGGAGGCGGGCGGGGACGGCCUCCACGUGGGGGUCACCUACAAGAGCAUCGACCGCAAGAGCGCGGAGAGCAACGGCUGCAUCGCGGGCAACGACUUCUCCUGGUGCCUGCAGUGGAACGGGCGCGGCUUCUCCGCCUGGCACAGCGACAGUGAGACGCCCCUGAAGGGCGCGGGGAGGCACGCGAGGAUCGGGGUCUACGUGGAUUACGACAGAGGGCUCCUGGCCUUCUAUGCAGUGGGCGCCUCCAUGACGCUCAUGCACAAGUAUCAGGCAGAGUUCCUGGAACCCCUGUACCCCGCUUUUUGGCUCUCCAAGAAGGAGAACUGGGUCCAGCUGGUCAGCCCCUGGGAUGACCCUUCCACCCCCUGCAUGUCCCCACCCCAACCCCUAAAACCAUAGUCCCUUAUACUGAGCCAUCAGACUGCGAAAGGACUUGAUUCACAGUAUGAUUCUGUCACACUCCUCUGUUACACACAAGUAAAGCAAAUGUGACUAAUGAGUCAGAGUUACACAUGUGGCUGAACCAGACCUGGGUCAAAUACGUAUUUGUUUUGGAUUCAAAUACUGUUCUAUGCUUUACUCAUCUUGUCUGGUGUAUUGGAAGCAAUGAAAUUCUCUCAAAAAGUGCAAACCUUGCCUUCUGGUCAUAUUGGCAGGCUCAAUUACACCAGGCAUGGUCAAUAGAGCGCAGAAAAGUAUUUAAAUCACAAACAAAUACGUAUUUGACCCAGUUCUGGACUGAUUUGUUUUCCUGCCCUGCUCUGUGUUGAAGGUUGUGCUUCUCGUGAAAGCUGUGUGCAUCUGUCAGUCCCAUUUCAGACAUUGUGUUACGGACAUUUACAUUUAUGUAUGUACCAGUACCUACUUUUCUAUUCUUCUUAGCAUUCAGAAGAAUGGUUUAGCAAUAUUUAAUGUGGUGGUAUUUUUAGUCCAUAACAAUUGACACACAUUGUACAUAUGGAGUUUAAUAAAACCAGAGUACAAUUAAUCAUCUUUCCCAUAUAAUCAUACUGUAGAAUGAUGUCCAAUUUGUAAAUUCCAUCCGGAAAAUAGAGAGUUGAGGAAUUAAGAAAAAAUAA